AUCCCAACUCCCACGUAUAGACAAGACCCUGGCCGGCUGCCUCACAUGCUACCAAAAUUCAACAGGAGGACUAGCCCACUCUCCUCUGCUCGACAUUACCUCCCUCUCCCUCUCCCUCUCCCUCGCAACCAGAAGAAAAAGCAGAAUCAGGGACAUCAAGAGAGGAUUAGACCCUUUUGUAUCUUUGAAAGAAGUAGUUGUAUCAUUGAUUAUAUUGCUCUUUGAACCACUUUAUUGACAGCUGAUGAAAAAGGCUGAUCUUGCAAAUGGAAGUGUCUCUUUUGCUCAAUAUAUGACUUCUUCAACUUUCCAGUUUCUUUCUUUCUUUCUUUUUUUUUUUUUGGGGAUGAGAGUUCACACCUCAUGAUCGGUCCUUUUUCUCCCUUUCAAUAAAUCCCUGGAUAAAGCUGAACUGUCUAUUUUCUUUGAUUCACUUGCAGAAUUCUACAACUGGUUUUACACUUUCAAGUUUCACCUCUAUUGGAUCGUUUCCCAAUGCCAAGAAACCGUCCCUGGCCUGGAUUCCCUACAUCAAAAUCCUUAGGAAGCUUUGGUGAUGCUAAUUGCAUGGAGCAGCUUUUAGUCCACUGUGUAAAUGCAAUUGAAAGUAAUGAUGCCACUCUAUCCCAACAGAUCCUAUGGGUCCUAAACAACAUUGCACCACCAGAUGGUGAUUCAAACCAACGCCUAACAUGUGCCUUCCUAAGAGCCCUGAUCGCACGUGCAGCGAAGAGUGGUACCUGCAAACUUCUUGCUGCAAUGGAAAAUGCUCACUGCAACCUAGCCAUAGACACACAUAAAUUCUCUAUCAUUGAGCUUGCAAGCUUUGUUGACUUAACCCCAUGGCAUCGCUUCGGUUACACUGCAGCAAAUGCUGCAAUAUUGGAAGCUGUUGAAGGGUAUUUAGUUAUUCAUAUUGUAGAUUUAAGCUUGACACAUUGCAUGCAAAUCCCAACUCUUGUCGAUGCUAUUGCUAAUCGGUUCGAGGUGCCCCCGUUGAUAAAGCUUACUGUUGCUGGUGCCACUGAAGAUGUACCACCUUUGCUUGAUCUUUCUUAUGAAGAGUUGGGCUCAAAGUUGGUCAACUUUGCUCGGUCACGAAACAUAAUAAUGGAAUUUAGAGUCAUUCCUUCAAGUUAUGCAGAUGGGUUCUCUUCCUUUAUCGAGCAACUUCGGGUGCAACAUCUAGUGUAUGCUGAAAGUGGUGAGGCGCUAGUCAUAAACUGUCACAUGAUGCUUCAUUACAUACCUGAAGAAACCCUUUCUGGUAUUCCUAGUACAAACUCAAAUACUUAUUCUUAUGAAUCUUCAUCGUCCUCUAUGUCUUUUAGGACAAUGUUUCUAAAGUCUCUUAGGAGUUUAGACCCAACACUUGUUGUCUUAGUAGAUGAGGAUGCAGAUUUAACAUCAAAUAAUUUGGUGUGUAGACUAAGGUCAGCUUUCAAUUAUCUAUGGAUACCUUAUGAUACUGUGGAUACAUUUCUUCCAAGGGGAAGUAGACAAAGACAGUGGUAUGAAGCUGAUAUAUGCUGGAAAAUUGAGAAUGUCAUAGCACAUGAGGGACCGCAAAGAGUGGAGCGGCUUGAACCAAAAUGCAGGUGGAUUCAACGGAUGAGAAAUGCAAAUUUUCGAGGCAUUUCGUUCGCAGACGAUGCUAUUUCUGAAGUUAAGACCAUGCUUGAUGAGCAUGCAGCCGGCUGGGGACUAAAGAAGGAAGAUGAUGAUAUUGUACUCACUUGGAAGGGACAUAAUGUUGUAUUUGCUAGUGCUUGGUUGCCUGCUUAACGCUUCUUCAUAUCCGUUUUAAUUAUAAAUAAUUUGUUUUUCUGAUUUUAUUUUUAUUUAUAUAUUUCUUAGAACGUUUUUCUUAAUUGUAUUGUAGUAACUCUUUAAUUUAACUUCGGAAAUUAUAUCAGAAGUAGCUUGGUAGUAGGGUUUUAUUUCAA